UUCGAAUAAAGAUAAGCUCCUUUGACCAUAAUCAGCGCAACACGGUUUAUAAAGAUUUCUACCAUGUCGAAAUCAGGGGAAUUCACAUUCCGGCGUGCUCAAGCUGAUGAUAUAAAAGAUGUGCUCUCCAUGAUUCAGGAACUGGCCGACUUUGAAAAGAUGAGCAAUGGUCCCCAGCUAACUGAGGAAGAUCUUAAAAGAGAUGCCGGUCUCACUGGAGGCCAGGAGUAUUGUGAAGUCUAUGUGCUCAUAGACAAUGCAACAAAUAAGGCGAUUGGGUACUCUAUUUGUUACAAGGCCUACUCAACUUGGCAGGGACGGUACUUCUUCGUCGAGGACAUCUAUGUGCGCCCAGAGCACCGAAAACGCGGCGCCGGAAAGCGAAUCUUCCUGGAGGUUUCGGCGCGUGCCGUAGAGCUUCGGUGCCCGCGCCUGGAAUUCAAUGUACUGGAGUGGAACACUGCCCGCAAGUUCUACGAAAGCCUGGGUGCCGUGGACUUGACAGAUAAAGAGGGCUGGCACUACUAUCGCGUGGAGGAACAGCAACUGGCCAAAUUGGCCGCGGAUCUAAGUGCACAGAAAUCCUAGUUGGAUUUGAUUUUAAAAUUUUACUACUUUAUGGUAGAACGAUAAAUAAUUAAUAAUACUUGACCAAAGGCCAUAUGUGCUAUGAGUACAUUGCAAUUAA